AACAUCAAGAGAGGAAAGAAAUUUCAUUUGCCAUCCUAAUCAAUGUUGAGUCAUCUUUGUAUAAUCUCAUCAGAAAGACCCAUUAGAUUAAAUUGUCUGGGAAUCGAGAUAUCAGAAACGCGAUAAAAGAGGAGCUCACUCGUUAGUGACGACUGACGCAGCCUUAAUCAGAAAUAUUAUCGAUUUAUUUCUUCAACUUCUUCCCUUCUUGGUGGGUUUGUUCAGAAAAAGGAAACUUGAGAUCGUAACGCCAUGUAUAGAGUCCGAGUGUUGAGACAGAUCACUGCCAGAGCUACACAAGGGACUCUAAACAGAUGUGUUCAUUCCUUACAAUUUGCAUCUAUAGAAGAUGCUGAAGGGAUAUCAGCUUCCAGACCAGCUAAAGUACAAAACCUAGUGCAGGGAGAAUGGAUAGAAUCCUCAAGGUGGAAUACACUUGUAGAUCCUUUAAAUGGUGAACCAUUUAUUAAAGUUUCUGAAGUAGAUCAAACAGAAUUAGAGCCAUUUGUGGAGAGCUUGUCCAAGUGUCCUAAACAUGGGUUACACAAUCCAUUCAAGGCACCUGAAAGAUAUCUUAUGCUUGGGGAUGUCUCUACCAGGGCAGCUCAUAUGCUUUCUUUGCCUAAGGUUUCAGAUUUCUUCACCAGGUUGAUACAAAGGGUAGCUCCAAAGAGCUACAGCCAGGCACUUGGUGAAGUUUUUGUAACACAAAAGUUUUUCGAGAAUUUCUCAGGUGAUCAGGUCCGUUUCCUGGCAAGGUCUUUUGCAAUACCAGGGAAUUAUCUAGGGCAGCAAAGUCAUGGUUUUCGUUGGCCUUAUGGUCCAGUGGCGAUAAUUACUCCCUUCAACUUUCCUCUUGAAAUUCCGGUGCUUCAGUUGAUGGGAGCACUAUAUAUGGGGAAUAAAGUUGUUCUUAAAGUCGAUAGCAAGGUAUGUAUCGUCAUGGAACAAAUGCUACGUUUGCUCCAUGAAUGCGGGCUUCCUAAAGAAGAUGUUGACUUCAUUAAUUCUGAUGGGAGUACGAUGAACAAACUCUUGCUAGAGGCAAAACCUCGCAUGACUCUCUUCACGGGAAGCUCAAAGGUUGCAGAAAAGUUGGCUUUGGAUUUGAAGGGACGAAUCAAAUUGGAAGAUGCUGGAUUUGAUUGGAAGAUAUUGGGACCUGAUGUGCAGGAGGUGGAUUAUGUUGCCUGGGUCUGCGAUCAAGAUGCAUAUGCAUGCAGUGGCCAAAAAUGCUCUGCCCAGUCUAUGCUGUUUAUGCAUGAAAACUGGUCGAAAAGUUCAUUCUUGGAUCGAAUAAGUGAGCUUGCUUCAAGAAGGAAGCUGGAAGACUUAACCAUAGGCCCUGUCCUUACUUUCACCACGGAGUCAAUGAUGGAGCACGUGAAUAGUUUACUCCGGAUUCCAGGAUCUAAACUUCUUAUUGGAGGCAAGCCUUUGGAAAACCACACCAUUCCUAAAGUAUAUGGUGCUAUAAAACCAACUGCCGUGUUUGUUCCCCUCGAAGAAAUACUGAAGGAUGAGAACUUUGAACUUGUUACCAAAGAGAUUUUUGGACCAUUCCAGAUAAUUACCCAGUAUAAAGAUCAUCAACUACAAAUGGUUUUGGAUGCUCUUGAAAGGAUGCAUGCACAUUUAACAGCUGCUGUCGUGUCGAAUGAUCCAAUAUUUUUGCAGGAGGUUAUUGGGAAAUCGGUUAAUGGAACAACCUAUGCUGGACUUAGAGCAAGAACUACGGGUGCACCACAAAAUCAUUGGUUUGGACCGGCUGGAGAUCCACGGGGUGCAGGAAUAGGGACUCCAGAAGCAAUAAAGCUUGUUUGGUCGUGUCAUCGAGAAAUCAUAUACGAUGUGGGUCCGGUUCCACGGGGCUGGGAAACUCCUCCUUCGACUUGAUGAUAUAUUUUAGGACAUGAAAAGCUAAUAAAUAACAUACAUAACAAAUAACAUGGAAUAAAUGAGGGAGGAUUUGUUUUUUGUUACUAUUAAUAUUUUUUUUCUCUC